ACAGAUAUCAACGUAACGACUAAUGGCGGAGAACAGCGAGGGUGUUCCGCAUUCGGAGAACGUCCAAGAUCUAGCAGGCGUUGUGCAGAAUCUGUUGCAGCAAAUGCAAGACAAGUUUCAUACAAUGUCGGAUCAAAUCCUUGGCAGGAUGGAUGAAAUGAGCAACAGGUUGGAUGAUUUAGAGAAGAAUGUUGGUGAAUUGAUGCACCAGGCAGGUGUAGAGGAGCCAUCAGUUGCUACUGAAAAGCAGUCAUAGAAAUGUGCUACAACAAGUCAUCUCUUACAUUCAUUAGUUCUAUACUAAGUAUUAAUUGACAUACAAGUGGAGGUAGUUGACAAUGGUAUGUGAGUUAUUGACGUUUACUUGGUAGAGGUUGGAUGUGCAAAGCAGAGCACAUUGGUCUUUCAGUUUGCUGCGUGCCUAAUUGAUUGUAACAAUUUGGACACACA